GUUCAGAGCUGUAUAAAGAGUCGUCAACUAUUAGUUUAUAGUUGGUUAAUAAAUAUUUCCUCCUAUAUGCAGGAAACCAAGUUAGAAGUCAAGGGACAUAAUAGAGAAAGUAGAGGGCAUGACUUCAGGUUAUUCAGUCUAAUGGAAUAUGAAAGAUUGUUUAUGAGAGAUGUAAAUGUGCAUUUCAGUAAAGGCAGCAAAGUUUAUAUUAGGCUUAACAGUUGCAUUUCCCUCUGCUCCUUUCCAUGACCAAUGUGUGCUGCCCUCCUACCAUAGCCUAUUAGGAGAAUCUAAUCUAAACAUGCCUCUAUUUACUCUCCCUCCCCAGACACAACUAAAAUAACAGUAAAAAAAGAAUUAUUUUUUCUAUCACAAGGACAAAGAGAACGGGAGAGGAGACAGUAGUAUACAAGAGAUUUCAAUACAUAUUUGGAAGAGUGAAGUGGUGGAGAAUGGUAACUGACUAAGCAGAACAGAGGAAGACAUAUCCUAAGUGUUUUCAGAGGGGAAUGUUUAUGAGAAGUGACCCAUUUCCCUUGUAAAAAUCUCAGAGGCUCAGGAUUUAGAGGAAGUAAGAAGAAAGAGAAGGAAAGGCCAGAAAUUUCUCCUCCAUCUGAUUUUGAGCACACCAUCCAUGUUGGCUUUGAUGCUGUUACAGGAGAAUUCACUGGCAUGCCAGAACAGUGGGCUCGAUUAUUACAGACCUCCAAUAUCACCAAACUAGAGCAAAAGAAGAAUCCUCAGGCUGUGCUGGAUGUCUUAAAGUUCUAUGACUCCAACACAGUGAAGCAGAAAUACCUGAGCUUUACUCCUCCUGAGAAAGAUGGCUUCCCAUCUGGAACACCAGCACUGAAUACCAAGGGUUCGGAAACAGCAGUGGUAGCAGAAGAAGACGAUGAUGAUGAAGAGACUCCUCCUCCUGUUAUUGCCCCACGACCAGAUCAUACAAAAUCAAUUUAUACACGGUCUGUAAUUGAUCCUAUUCCUGCACCAGUUGGUGAUUCUAAUGUUGAUAGUGGUGCCAAGACUUCAGACAAACAGAAAAAGAAGGCCAAAAUGACAGAUGAAGAGAUUAUGGAGAAAUUAAGAACUAUUGUAAGCAUAGGUGACCCUAAGAAAAAAUACACAAGAUAUGAAAAAAUUGGGCAAGGGGCUUCUGGCACAGUUUUCACUGCUACUGAUGUGGCAUUGGGACAAGAGGUUGCUAUUAAGCAGAUUAAUUUACAGAAACAGCCAAAGAAGGAAUUGAUCAUUAAUGAGAUUCUGGUGAUGAAAGAAUUAAAGAAUCCCAACAUAGUUAACUUCUUAGACAGUUACCUGGUGGGAGACGAAUUGUUUGUGGUAAUGGAGUACCUCGCUGGGGGAUCACUUACUGAUGUUGUAACAGAGACCUGCAUGGAUGAAGCACAGAUUGCUGCUGUAUGCAGAGAGUGUUUGCAGGCAUUGGAGUUUUUACAUGCUAAUCAAGUGAUCCACAGAGACAUCAAAAGUGACAAUGUGCUUUUGGGCAUGGAAGGAUCUGUUAAACUUACUGACUUUGGUUUCUGUGCCCAGAUCACCCCUGAGCAGAGCAAGCGAAGUACUAUGGUUGGAACGCCAUACUGGAUGGCACCAGAGGUGGUUACACGGAAAGCUUAUGGCCCUAAGGUUGACAUCUGGUCUCUGGGUAUUAUGGCUAUUGAGAUGGUAGAAGGAGAGCCUCCAUACCUCAAUGAAAAUCCUUUGAGGGCCUUGUACCUGAUAGCGACUAAUGGAACCCCAGAACUUCAAAACCCAGAGAAACUUUCCCCAAUAUUUCGGGAUUUCUUAAAUCGAUGUUUGGAGAUGGAUGUGGAGAAAAGGGGUUCAGCCAGAGAAUUGUUACAGCAUCCCUUCCUGAAACUGGCCAAACCAUUAUCCAGCUUGACACCACUGAUCAUGGCAGCUAAAGAAGCAAUGAAGAGUAACCGUUAACAUCAUUGCCGUGGCCUCAUAUUCUUUUUUCCAUUUUUUAAAAGAAGUCUUUUAAUAUAUGAAAAUUAUUAUCCUUAGGGGUUUAAAGAAAUGGUCUACAUAACAUGGAGGAAAAAAACAAGCUACUAUUUCCUAAAGACAACCAAGAAAAAAUUACAGAACAGAAUGACAACUUUCUAUUGAAUCCCUUCUUUAGGGUCCAAAAGGAAUUGUGGACUGAAUCACUAGCCUUACGUCUUUCAGCAGAAAGCCCAUCAGGGCCAUUUAUCAUGCUUGAGAUUUGCAUUUUAUUUUGCUGACUUCAUUAUAAUAGAUCCCAUUCAUUGUCCCUUUUGGGGUAUUUUCAGUACUUGAAUGGCAGAUUUGAGUUUUUCAGAGUAUGUGUUUUAUCUGCUAGUCUUCUUUUCUCUCUUCUUCAUAACUUUCUUUUCCUUGACUUGCUCCUUUUGAGUUGCUUUGAGAAAUGUUUCUUAUGCCUAAAUUGGAGGCAAGUGUGACAGAAAUUAUGUAGCUCCUUAUAUUGGCAAAGGAGUUCAGUAUGGUUUAACUUUGUAUAGAAGUUAGAACCAGCUAUUGUUACCUGUAAUAUUUCAGUUCAGAAUUUGAACUGAAGGAAGGGAAGAAAAGUAUGUGAUUUUUACCUUUUUUAACAAAUGUGAAAGAAUCAGUUUUAAAAAUUUCAUAAUAGUGAGUUGUUUGGCAUUUGUUACAUGUAUAGAGAGAAGACUAAUAAUCUAUAUUUAUAACUAAAUCAUUGAAACAGAAAAAGAAUCCCAUUGACUCUGCUUUCUUACAUUUUGUUUUUCUUUCUAUGUCCUCUUGAGAUUUGGCUUCAGGACUUUGGUUUUUGCCGCUACUUUCCCCUUCCCUCUUUUUUUCCCUUCCUUUUGGAAAUAAGUUUCUGUAUAUGUUGUAAUUUUAGCUAGUUUGUUUUUUAAUUAACCCUUUCUCACCCUACUCCUCCCCCCCUUCCCAUGGUAAAUAAUAUAAUAACCAUUGAAUUUUCAGAAUUUAAAAGUUAACCUUUUUUUUUUUUUUCCAUUUAAAGGUAAGAAAUAUUUGGAGCUAGCAGAGACAAAGUGAGAGGCUUGAACCUUGGUGAGCUCUAAAAUAGAUAAGAUUAUAUUCAUGAAAGAGAAAUGUCAGUUACUUAGAGAUGCAGCUUCUGACCAGUAAACUAUAGAGUUUUGUUAUAAACAUUGUUCCCAGCCCAUUACCAACAUUUUUACUGUCUGUGAGAACUUAAAUGACAAAGUACUUCUUGGUAAAUUCAUGGGUCAUUUGAGAUGUUGAGUUACUUUAGAUUUUUUUCAAAUAAGUAAAUAAUAUUCAUGUAAAAAACUGGAGAAAGAAAAAAUAAUGAAAUGUGCUUGUUGAUAGCGAUACAUUUUUUAUUUUAAAGAUUUAAAAAAGGUCUGUGACCUGUAACAUUAAUUAUUAGAGUGCCCUCUCUUCUCCCUUCCCCUCCUCUCCUCUUCUUCUCUCAUCAUUUUAAUUGUUUGGCUUUUGGAGGCAGUAUUGUCCCUUCUGACAUGCCAAGAGCCACAUGAAAGAGAAAAAUAUGUGCUUUGGUUCUGGCUUUUUGUUCCCACCAUUCACUCCUAAUUGACUUCAUACCUACUUGCCAUCCUGCAAUAGUACAAAUCAUGAAUAAAAAUAAUUUUGAUGUUUUGGAGUAAAUUAGGAGAACUUAAUAUGAGUUUUAUUUCCUAUCAUUCCCAUCAUAUCUGUGUUAAGAUACAGGUAUAAGGAUAGAAAUGGCCGGUGGGUUUUUUUUUUAUUAAUUGGUAAUACAGGAAGGUUUUCACAAAAAUAAGUAAGAUAAUUAGUGAAACUUGUAUCUAGAGCACUUAAUAGUUUCUGUUUUUAAUUUGAUUCUUGAUUUCAUUUUUCUCUGGAUUAUAUUGGCCUUCUACAGCUAUUACUAAAUUACUUUACAGAAAUAAACUGGUUUAUUUCUGGUGGAAAGCUACAGUAUCUCUUGAGUUCCAGAUUUGAACAUUCUUUGUAAAUAGUUGUCUGGAUGGAUUAUGAUAAAGAAUAUGCUACCAGUGAAAUAGAAAACCAACUAGAUGGUAUAAGACUGUGAUCCUCAUGACCACUCUAGAAGGCACUUCCAUGCGUAAGUCAUAAAGGCCAUGUUCACUGAAUGCAGUGCCAAUGCCCCAUUUUUAUGCCUGUGACUCAACAAAGGUCUUUUCAGUUUAUAGAAGCAGUUUGGGGUUUGUAUUUACAACUUCCUUGAUUGGUUACCUGCAUGUCCAUUGCUGGCAACGGACUUUGUCAUUAAAACCUGACUCCUAGGUUAAAGGGAGCUACGCUGUGGUUUAUUCUUUACUUACUUGGAUAAACUAACUUGUAAUAGAAAUGUACUUUGGUUAAUUCUGAAAUGUGUCAAUUUUUGAAUAAUCUUAAAAGCAAUACAGAAUUGUGAUUUAUUAAUUUUAAAUUAAAAUGUUCACAUGUUGUUGCAAGAAAAAUUAUAUCUGAAUCAAGAUUCAUGUUUUUUUUAAUAACUGCCUUUUGUAUUUACCUUUUUGUCAUUACUUUAGAAUGAAAAUUCCCAUUUAAAUCUAAAAAUUACCUUAGUAGUCCUCUUUUGUUAUUAAGACAAUAUUACUGUAGUAUUUAUUAUAUUUUCAGACUCUCUGGCAGUCUAAAAGUUUCCUUCUCCUCUUGUUCCUUUUGCUGCUUUUAGGGACAGUUAAAACUGGGAAACCAUGAAAAUAUUGAAUAUUUCGUCCUACGUAGAAUAGUAAACAAGUAGAGUGAUUGUGCUAGCAUAAGAAACUAAGGCUAACACAACUCUGUUUUCAUGUGUCGAGUGCCUGGCACACAGUACAAAUUCUCUUCUCCUCAACAUAUAAAUAUUAAGCUGCUUAAAAUGUAUCUAGUUACCACCAUUCCUAAAUGACCUGUGCCUUUAAUAAGCAAUUUAAAACUACCUAUGAGUAUUUCUUUGUAGGGCUCACAUAAAUACAUGUUUGUUUAUAUAUACUGUAUUCUAGCCAGAAUAAUUUUAGAUCUGAUCAGGCAGUAGCUAUAGUUAGAAAAAUAAAUGGGUGCUUAAAUUUGCAUCAGUUUUUUAAUCUAAAAGUUUUAAAAUAUACUGAGAUCCGUAUCCAGUGAAAUGUCAAAAAAUCAUUAUGGAAUAUAGCUAAAAUCCAGAUUAAGAUUCUUUUGGGGGUCUUUUUAGUGAAAUUAUAGUAAUAUAAAAAGCAGAUUGUCUCCCUUGUCUCAACUGCUCCCACAAUAAACAACUAAAAUCAGUUUUUCCACAGUGUGUGUAUAUGAGUAUGUGUAAGAAAGGGGGAAAAAAUACACACACACACACACACACACACACAGAUUUUAUUUCUCACUAACACAUUUAUUGACCACUUUGACAAAGACACUGUGGUAGAUAUUGUGGGAAUUACAAAGGAGAACCAAGCACUGGCCUGGCCUUGAGAGAACUGAAGUCUUUCUCAUUCACCAUUCUAGAAUGUUGCCAAAUGAGAGAGAAAGAAAUGUAUGAUAAUGCUGUCAAACAUCUUUGGUAGGAAUGUCUUGUGUUUUUUUUUUGUUUGUUUUGUUUUGUUUUUGUUAGAUAGAAAUGGAACUAAGUGAAAGUAACUUGUCUUUUCUGUUUUGUCUUCAAAUUUUAUAUUGACUUCUAUUUUUAAUUUAAUCCCAUUCAACUAUUUAAUUGUUACAUUGACAUUAACUGCUGUAUUUGAUGACCUUGUUCAAUAAUUUUGUUCUUUCAGGGCUAGAAAUAAACUUUUUUAAAUGUUCAUUUUCCCUUUUCCUAAACUUUAAUUCUUUCUUUAGAUCAGAAUAGCUUAAAAGAAUAAGUGUAAUAGGUUUUCAAAGAAUGUUCUAGUAUUUUUAAGGAUGAAUAUUUUUUAAACAUGUCACGGCACCAUGAAUGUAUUACAGAGCUCCAAAUUAGAAAGGUUUUCAGAAAUUAAUGAGUAAUAAGCAUGAGCCUUCGCUCUUCUAAAUCAGUUUCAGAAUAAAUUUGUUCAAAACGUUCUGGCUAUCAGACCCAGGGAAGCACUUCUGAUCUGUUGAAAUACCUUCAGUAAUUUGGCCUGAAAUUCUAAUGCUUACCUAUGUGAAGUAAUAAGAAUCUUACUAGAAUUUUUGUGUUCAGUGCACCAAGAAAUCUUUAAAAGUGCCAUACGUUAAGGCAUCACUUCAUUAUAUGCAUUUAAUUUGAAUGUUGGAUAUGCUGACAUGGAGAACAGGUGCAUUAUAGAGAGUUCACUAUGAAAAAACAAAAUUAUACAUUUUUUAGCCUGGAGUGGGGGGGGUGUAGGCAAUGACUGCACAAAAUAUAUUCGUUACACUAUAAAACUGCUUUGUGCUAUUCUGACAUUUGUAUUUCUUAAACUAUAGCAAAUGCCCAAAACAUUUGCCUAAGAAAAGUUCAAAAAUGCCUAGAUUAUUGAUUUUAUUGAAAAGCACUAUUUGUAGGAGCUUAACACAUGCUUUACUACUAUUUUGAUAUUUGUGACUUUUUUAAAAUUAGGGAAUUAUUAAUUUAUGCAAAUCAUUUAACAAGUUUUUAUUUUUUGAAGAGGAGGAAGAGUAGAACAAUGAAGGGAAAGGUCUUUUUUGACCUUUAUUUUAGGUUUUUAACAAAAUAAUAUGCACAGAUUAAAAAGUCAGAUAAUUUUAAAGGAGUCAUUAUAAAUAGUGCCAGUCCCCAGCUGCAAACUUUCUCACUGCAGAGUCCUGCUCCACAGAGGCAUCUGCUUUUAACUUUGAGCUGGUUUUAGCAUGCAUUAAUUUUCAGAUUUCUAUAUUAUAUACUUAUACAGGUAUUUCUUUUUUUUUAACUUUUUUUAUUUCUUUCUUUUUUUUUUUAAUUUUAUUUAUUUAUUUAUUUUGGCUGUGUUUGGUCUUAGUUGUUGCAACACGGGCUUUCUCUAGUUGUGGCGAGCGGGGGCUACUCUUUGUUGUGGUGCAUGGGCUUCUCACUGCGGUGGCUUCUCUUGUUGCAGAGCACGGGCUCUAGGCGCACAGGCUUCAGUAGUUGCAGCAUGCAGGCUCAGUAGUUGUGACACACAUGGCAUGUGGGAUCUUCCCGGACCGGCGCUCAAACCUGUGUCCCCUGCAUUGGCAGGCGGAUUCUUAACCACUGCGCCACCAGCGAAGUCCUACAGGUAUUUCUUGACAUUUCUGUAUUUUACUUUUUCUGGAAACUUCCUGUUAUGACAGUUGAGAAUUUAGUUACUAUUAUACCAUCCCAUUUUCCCAUUUCUACUCCCUCUAGUCUCCCAAUUAAGAAAGGUGGCAAAGUUUUAUUUGAUUAUCAGUCAGUUUUUACCUUAUGACUAUGUGGGACUGUUGUUCACUUGAGUUGAGUAAUUUAUUAUCACAUGUCAUUUCUUGUGCACCUCUUUGCUUUUCUUCUUGUUAAUUUUGUCUUUUUGUUUCCUUUGAAAGUUUCUAUAUUCCUAUCACUAAGUUUUUCCAAACUCACCGCAAAAGCCCUCUCAAGACAAUUUUCUAUAGAAUUAAAUGUCUUGGAUAAGGACAGUUCCUUUUUCUUUCUGGGAACUUGAUUAGGGCUCCAGUUUGGGCUCUUUAUCUGCAGGCCUUCUGCCCUCGGGCAUCUGGAACUCAGUUUCACUUUUCUCCUGAGUUUAGAUCCUUUAUUUCCUUUUGCUUGGUUUAUUCCUCAUUUUGGAGAAGUACAUCUUUCAUUAGUGUCCUGGAGAAGUACAUCUUUCAUUAGUGUCCUGAGGAAGGGUGCAUAUAGGUUAAGAUUUUUAAGAGCUUGCAUGUCUGAAAAUGUCUCACAUUUAAUUGAUAGUACAGGAUUUUAGAUUGGAAAUAAUCUUCCUUGAGUAUUUUGAAGUCCCUGCUUCAUUAUCUUAAAAACCUGCCAUUUCUGAUAACAUUUUUAUAUGUAACCCAUUUUUCUGCCUCUCUGGAGCUUUUGUUCUGAAAAUUUACCAUGAAAUGUCUUGGAGAGGGCCUAUAUGUUUAGCUUUUGGCAGGCCUUCAUGAUGACAGACUAAUUUCCUUCAGUUCUGUUAAAUUCUUGUAUUAUUUCUUUAAUAAUUGCCACUUUUUUUUCCCUGUUAUUUCUUUCUGGAAUUCUAGCAUUAAUCUCCUGUUUUUCUUAUCUUUCCUGCUUUCCAUCUGUUUGCCUUUUGUUUUUAACUUUCUGGGAGAAUUUCCUUGAUUUUGUCUCUGACCCUUUUUUGAACAUAUAUCAACUAUCACUUUUUUUGUUGUUUUACUUAUUUAUUAUUAUUAUUUUUUUUAUUUUUUUGGCCUCACCAUGCAGCUUGCAGGAUCUUAGUUACCCAACCAGGGAUUGAACCCAGGGCCACGGCAGUGAAAGCACCAAGUCCUAACCACUGGACCACCAGGGAACUCCCUCACGUUUUUAAGAUCAGUCUUGUUUUCUGAUCUUUUUACAGCUUUCUGUUCUUAUUUCAUAAAUUCAGUAUCUUCCCUGGUGUAUUAAAGAGUUUUUCCUUAGCUCAAGGUGGCAUAACAAAACACAUACACUGAGAGGUUUCAACAACAGAAAUUUAUUUCUCACAGUUGCAGAGUCUUAAAAGUCCAAGAUCAAGAUGCUGGCAAAAUAGGUUUCAUUCUGCGGCCUUUUGGCUUGUAGGUGGUCACCAUCUAGCUGUGUGCUCACUGGACCCCCUUCUGUAUAUGUACACUUGGAAAGAGCAAUCUCUCUGGAGUCUCUUCUUAAAAGGACACUAAUCCCAUCAAAAGAUCCCACCCUCAUGACCUCAUCUAACUUUAGUUACCUCCCAAAGACCCUAUCCCCAGUUUCCAUUACAGUGGGGGGGAGGGCUUUGAUAUAUGAAUUCAGGGGCAGACACAGACAUUCAAGCCAUAAUAGGUCAUUUUUUUAAAAGAGUUUUUUAGUUAUCUCCAGGUUUUUUUUUUUUUCCCUGGGUUCUUUUUUAAAGUAUGACACUGUCUGGAACUGCACUAAACAUUUCACGUUGAUUUUUCUCAAUUCUCAGUGGGCCUCUUGGUGCUGCCCACUGCUCAUUCAUUUCACUCCUAGGUCUUUUUUUUCCCUUUCUCAUUUUCUCCAAACUAUCUCAUGGCUUCCAACCCCUUUAUCCCACCAUCUCAACACUUUCUUCUCCCCUACUGCCAGAAUUCUCUGGGUUUUUGACUUUGACUUCUUCCUUUUGGUCUCAGUGAAAGAUGUUCUUCCUCUCAGUGGCCAGACUCAUCGGGGACCCGUUCUCAGUAUUCCACCACCUCCCAGGUCUCCAGGCCACUUUGACUGAUCCUAACUCUCCUAUACCUUUUACCUGUGCCUCUGUUCUUUCCAACCCUCAGCAAAACAAGCAUGCUCACCUAUCUUUCUUUUAAAACAGUUUCCUUUGACUUUCCUCAGGUAAAUUUGUGGAAAGAGGAGACCAAACUUGCUGUUUUUCUCAUUAUCAUAUUGCAUCUACUGUCAACAUGUCUUUGAAACUAUCCCUACAGACAUCUCCAAAUCACUGAAUUUCCAAGAGAUUCUCAAAACAUCAAAAAGAUGACUUCCCUAGGGACUUCUCUGGUUGUCCAGUGGUUAAGACUGGGCUUCCGAUGCAGGGGGCCUGGGUUCGAUCCCUGCUCAGGGAACUGGAUCCCACAAGCAUGCUGCAACUAAGAUCCCACAUGCUGCAACUAAGACCCAGCGCAGCCAAAUAAAUAAAGAAAUAAAGCAAAAAACAAAAAAGUGACUUCCGUUGACUGUUAACUAGUGUGCUCACUGGUGUAUUUGAGAAUUUCUAAGAUUCUACUCGUUAUCAGUCUUCUUUAUGCAAAAUAGAGGACUUUUAUUCCUACUUUUUAAAAAUGCUGUGACCAGAUAUUUAUUUUGGGCUAAGGUCCAGAAUGUGAUGCAGGUAUGGAUUUGGUAAGCUUUUAAUCAGUAGGAUUCUGUUUUCACCACUGAAUAUAAAAUAUACAGGUAGCUCUUGGUAAACUUAGCAAUCGGGAAGGAAGAGUGGUAAGGAUAAAAAAGAAAAUUCUUAAAAAUCUCUUCAGAACGUAAUUUGUAGUGUACAUUAUUUGAGUAGUCUUAAAAUGUGUGUUGUUCUUUGAGCAUAUUAAUGUGAGCACCCAAAGGAGAAAGGCUUACCUAAGAAUGUGCAGAGUGAUGGAGGAAGGCCAGCCCAGCCUUAAAAACCAGUCAUAGAUUCUUGGUCAGAAAUUAAGAGUUGAUGAGUAUAAAGAGAUUUUUAUAGCCUGUGUAGUCCUGUUUAUAACUUUUUAACCUAGGCAUCUUAGUUUUUGUUUAGGGGAAAAGACUAAAAAUAUUGCCUUUCUAGAAAACAAAAUAUGUUCAGUAUAUAAUGACAGGCUUUGUAUAAAUUUGUAACCCAUGAGGUUGAUUAUUUUGAAACGAACAACACUCAUGUGGAUAUAUAACUGCUGGUAUACUCGUUACUUUUUAUCCACAGAUCCCAGUUUGUGUUCUGUAGCAGAUGAAAACAUUCAUCCAAGUUGUGCUGCCCUUUUUCUUUUUAAGCAAUCAAAAUGGAGUAACAGUGCCACAUACAUUCUUGUCUUUCAUUUUUAGAUCUGUAGGUAUAUACAGUAUUGCCAUGAAUGCACUGCCAAAAAAUGUUUUUCUCUAUUUCUUAAUGAAUUACUUUACCUUGACUUCUCCUAUAUUUAAAAACAGAAAUGCACCAUUUUCAAAAACUAUUUGAUCUGGGCCAUAAGAUUAAGGAAUGUCUAACAGUACAAUCUGAUUCUGAUUACUUUAAUAUAUUGUCUUUAAAAUAUUUAAGGAGUUUUGUGGUUGAAGCUAGAAGACCUCUUAAUCACAUUCAGUAUUCCUUACACUUUAGGAUACUAUAAGUUUUGCUGCUAGUAACUUUGUUGAAGAGCUUUGUUUUUCAAUAAACUAAAAAAAAAAAAAAAAAACUUUAACCAUUUGACUUUUUACUACAGACAUUGCCACUAUUUUGAUCACACUCUUCUUGGUGAUACAAGAAGUAUUUAAAUGUUUUGCCUUUUCUUUUGUUCAUCUGUAGUUCUUUUGGAGUAUGUUCUAAGACCACGGAUUCAUUGAAAAAUAAGUUUAGGUCAUAGGCUGUUGAAUACAUGGAUCAGCCACUUUCAUAUAACUUGCAUUGUCAGCCAAGCAAAUACUUUUCCACUUUCUUUCAGCUAUGCAUGUUUUACUGCUGAUACUCUCCACUGUGUGCCACUGUGUGUCCUGUUUCAGUAUUUAUUUUAAUGACUAUGCACAGGUGACCAUGGUCUUGACACAAGAAGUCUAAGUACUUGAGUAUUUCUCGCUGCACAUUUCUUCAUCACUAAGCAUUGUAAAACAGAGCUUUAUUAAAGCUUUUUUUGUAACUUGGUUUCAUCAUAUAGUUAUUUGUGCUUAGGAGUUUCUUCUAAAUAGAAAUAAAAUUGGAGUGUAUAACUUUAAAUUUUGCUGCCAAUGGGAGAACCAGUUAUGCUUUUAGUUAGUAACAAUAUUACUCUAGUAGACUGUGCACUGAAAAUUGUUGCUGUGAAUUGGUUGUUUGCUGUUUGUUUUGGGCGAUAAUAAAAGUGCCUACAUUAUAGGGAUUUUUUUUAGGGUCAAAUGAAUUAAUUUCACAUAAAAUGCUUGGACUGUGCCUAGCACAUAUUUAGCACUCGAUAAGUGUGAUCUAUCACUUUUUUUUUUUUUUUGGCCACACCGUGUGGCAUGCAGAAUCUUAGUUCCCUGACCAGGGAUUGAACCUGAGCCCCCCUGCAUUGGAAGUGUGGAGCCUUAACCACUGAACUGCCAGGAAAGUCCCCACCUAUCACUUUUUUUAACCAUAUUCAUUGGACAGCCCUUUAUGACAAUGCAGGAGCAGAUAGGGGGCUAAUGAACUGAGAAUGCUGCACAGAGCUAUUUGCCCUUUCCCCCACCUCAUCUUUUUAAAAAAUGUAUGCAUAAUAUAUCUUAAGGAAAUUAUAUUGCAAAUAUAUGAAGACAGCCCCAAUACAUCAUUGUUUGGUAACAUACUGUGAAAUUACGUAUUUCAUUUUACAGUAUUGCAUAACUUGCAAUAUGAGACACUCUGUAUUAUAGUUUGGAUAAUCAUUUUCCUGAAAGAGAUUAAAAAAUAAAAAGAAAAAUGUACUUUGGAA